AAUAAAACCAUUUAUGUCUCUCCAGUUUUUCAACACUGGGACUUCGCACUUGAAUUCCACUGCAAUGGAAGCUUGCUCCUUGCAGUCACCAACUGUAACCACCAUACCCUCCUCUUUAUCCCAUAAUGGGUUUAAAGAACAGCCUUUUCUACGUGCUCAGGUCCUCAAGAUUUCCAAUUCAAAGAGGCACCCACAUGUCAGGAAGCUAGGAUUUCUUCAUAUCAAAGCUCAAGCCUCAGGCACAACGAAUUCCAGCUCAGAGAUAGUUGAGGAGGUUACGGGAAGAGUAGGUGUGAAAGAUGAGAAUGUGGUAUUUGUCGCUGGUGCUACUGGUAAAGUUGGUUCACGAGCAGUAAGGGAGCUUUUGAAACUUGGGUUUCAAGUCAGAGCUGGCGUAAGGAGUGCUCAGAGAGCAGCCACCCUUGUAGAAAGUGUUAAGCAAAUGAAGCUUGAUGUUGAAAGUGCAAGCCAAGGAAGCCAACCUGUAGAAAAGCUUGAAAUUGUGGAGUGCGACUUAGAGAAACAAGAUCAGAUUGGACCAGCAUUGGGAACCGCAUCAGUAGUCUUGUGCUGUAUUGGUGCAAGCGAGAAGGAGAUUUUUGAUAUUACUGGACCAUAUCGGAUUGACUAUCUGGCUACAAAAAAUCUUAUUGACGCAGCAACUGUUGCAAAAGUUAACCACUUCAUAUUGCUCACAUCUCUGGGAACAAACAAAGUUGGAUUUCCCGCUGCUAUUCUGAAUUUAUUUUGGGGCGUCCUGAUUUGGAAAAGAAAGGCUGAAGAGGCACUGAUAGCCAGUGGACUUCCCUACACUAUAGUGAGACCCGGUGGAAUGGAACGGCCCACUGAUGCUUACAAGGAAACUCAUAAUAUUACUCUCUCAACGGAGGAUACUUUAUUCGGUGGUCAAGUGUCGAACCUGCAGGUAGCAGAGCUCAUGGCAUGCAUUGCCAAAAAUCCUGGCCUUUCUUACUUCAAAGUUGUUGAAGUAGUUGCAGAAACAACUGUUCCAUUGACUCCUCUGGAGGAACUUCUGGCAAAGAUACCAUCUCAACGCGCUGACAUAUACUCACCAAAGGAAUUUGGUGGUAGUGCUGCUGCUGCUGCUUCUGAUCCAGAACCUUCUAAGAUUGCCACAUCUGAGAAACCAAGCACUCCCAUUGAGAAAGAACCGGCAAAAGAAGAAGUGCUGGUAAAACAGCCAUCAUCUCCUUAUAUUGCCUAUGAAGAUUUAAAGCCACCAACAUCUCCUACUCCAACACCAAGUGGUCCCAAACAAAUUCCUCCAGAUGCCUCUGCAUCGGUAGAAGUUACCUCAACACCAGUAGAAGUUGCAUCACAACCAAUUGGAGGUAAUGAUGUGAUAGAGGCUAUCACAAUCAGUGUUUCUGAAAAGGUUUCUCCUCAGAAAUCAACUCAUAGCCAUUCACCCUACCAUGUUUAUGAGGAUUUCAAGCCACCUAGUUCUCCAAGCCCAACGCCUGCUGGUCCCAAAAAAAUUCCUCUGGAUUCCUCAGCACCAGUAGAAGCUUCCUCAACAUCGGUAGAAGUUGUAUCACAAUCAAGUGGAGGCAAUGAUGUUAUUUCUGUUCCUUCCCAGAAUCCCACUCAUAGCCAUUCACCCUUUCAUGCAUAUGACAACUUUAAGCCCCCUUCAUCACCAUCUCCUAGUCCUCCAACCACAUCACUCCUUUCAACACCCGCUGCAGAUAAUGGAUCUCAACCGGGUGCCUUGUCGGUCAACAGCACAGUGAAAAUUCCAACAGAAAAUAUGCAAAGUGACACAGACCAACAUACCGAACCAAAGCCAAAACCACAAUCGCCUUUCACUAUGUAUGAGGACUUAAAGCCUCCAGCAUCGCCAAUACCAUCCCCAAAGAAAUUCUAGACGAUUCGCUGCCCCAUCAAUUUUUUACAAGAACCAUAUAUAGGUGCAAGUAAAUCUGAACUUUGCAUCCAGGGUUGGCAAAGUUUUCAUACUCAUGAAGAGGAAGCAGCUGAGAUUGCGGGAGUCUUAUUCUUGGAAAUUAUAAUGUAAACAAUGUAUAUGUAACUGUGUGAAUAUGUACCUCAAGAUUAUGCAAACUCCAGUGACGUAAUUUCGCUUGAAUAAAUGAUAAUUUUAUGUCA